AUGAGCAAAUUAGACGGUUAUCAUAUGAUGGUAGUCUCACAACACUUUUUAACAGUCAAGGACUUCAUUUCACUUGAGUUUGUGUGUAAAAAGUUUGAAGGUAAUUUGCAGAAGUUCCAUUACAACCCGGUCCCUGUCGACACCAAGACUUUAAAGUUCUUUUCCCACAUCGAGACAUUAAACAUUUGUAGUCCUAAAGAGGAGACUUUUGGAAAUGUCAUUUUUGAUAUUGAACCCCCACUCAAUACGUGUUUAUCUGAUCGAGUGGACUUCUUCCAAAUUUGUGUGUGGUGUGAGGUGAGUUAUGCCCUUUCUAACUUCCACCAAUCUAAUAAUUCAAAUGUUAUUUUUAGAAAUGUUAGUUAUACGAAUACAGACAGACGGAAAUAUGGGACGAUCAUACCAAAUGUCGUCAAAAGAGUUGGAGUUGCGUGUUUUAGUGAAUCUGAUAUAAUUACUAUACAAAUUCCUAAGAGGGUAACUGCCAUUGAGGAAUUCGCUUUUUAUUCGUGUCAGAAUUUAACGGCAAUUACACUUCCAAAUAAUUUACAACAUAUUGGGGCACAUGUGUUCCACGGGUGUUGUAGUCUUGAAUCGAUCAGUCUCCCCCUUUCUGUGUCUCGAAUUAACGACAACUGUUUUUCUAAUUGUUGCAAAUUGAAGUGCAUAUGUCUCCCUCAGCAAAUUUCUAAUUUAGCGAGUUGUGUGUUCAUUUAUUGCACGUCUUUGCAGAGCGUCACAUUUCCUUCUAAAAUUGGGUUCAUUGGAAAUUGCUGUUUUAAGUUUUGUGAAGCUCUUAAGAACGUCGAAAUAGCCGAGUGCUUACUGAGAGUGGGUGAUAGUGCAUUUUAUGGGUGUUAUUCUUUGACAGCCGUUACCAUUGGAAGUGUCAAAGAAAUCGGGAAGAUGUGUUUUAACAAAUGUCAUUCCCUUGUUAAUAUAACUCUCCCAAGUAGUCUGUCUUUACUUGGAAAUGGAUGUUUUAGGGAAUGUACUUCAUUGAGAACAAUCACACUUCCUCUUUGUUUAAAAGAAGUUCCAAAUUGUUGUUUCUAUUUUUGUGAAAAAUUAGAGUCCGUUCUGAUUCCAGAAUUCGUAAGUCGACUUGGGGAAAGUGCCUUUAAUAAUUGUACAAGUCUAAGUACAUGUAUUAUACCAAACAGUAUUAUUAAUAUACAAAGCUAUUGUUUUAGUGGGUGUAGUUCUCUUGUUCUUGAUAUCCCCAGUACUCUAACUUCUUGUGGAGAUAACUGUUUUGAACAGUGCAAGAGUGUGACUUACAAAGGAAAAAAAGGUUCUCGUAUAAAUAAAUGCGACAUUUGUUAUUGUUAUUUAUAA